ACUCAACAGACAGACCUCUGGUCCACUUCAGCCUCCCUGGCGUUCAGAACACCUCCACCCUGUUGCUUAGCGACGAUGGCUCCACCCUCUACGUCGGGGCGAAGGACGCCAUCCUCUCAUUGGAUGUUAGCAGGAGUGAUGUCAUCAGCCUGAAGAAGAAGGUGGACUGGAGACCGACAGAGAAGGAGACUGAAGACUGCAGCCGGAAAGGAAUGGAUCAGACC